CUUUACACAUCGACACAGCAUCCCGUUGCCGAUCGAGAAGAUAAUAAUAAUAUAUUACCAUGGCCACCCGAGAUGAACCGGGAAUUGUGGAUUUCGUUCUACUGGACGAGAUCACAAUCGAGAGAUUCAUGGAAAACCUGAUGAUAAGAUUUAAUGCUGGUUUUAUAUAUACCUAUAUUGGCGAAGUCUGUAUUUCUGUAAAUCCAUAUCGCACUUUAAACAUUUAUGGUCAAGACUACAUAAAUCAAUAUAAAGGACGAGAGAUUUUUGAGAAUCCUGCACAUAUAUUUGCAAUUGCUGACUCUGCACACCGUAGCAUGAAAAUGCACAGACAAGAUUCUUGUAUUGUUAUUAGUGGUGAAUCAGGAAGUGGUAAAACUGAAGCAUCUAAGAUUAUAAUGAAAUAUAUUGCUGCAGUCACUAACUUGACUGGUCAACAAGAAGUAGAACGGGUAAAGAACAUUUUGAUUCAAUCAAAUAUAAUUUUAGAGACAUUUGGAAAUGCUAAAACCAACAGAAAUGAUAACUCCUCUAGAUUUGGAAAAUAUAUGGAUAUUAAUUUUGAUUUUAAAGGAGAUCCAAUUGGUGGACGAGUAAUUAAUUAUUUACUUGAAAAAUCUCGUGUUAUACAACAACAACUAGGUGAACGUAAUUUCCAUAGCUUUUACCAGGCAUUAGGAAAUACAACACAUAAAGAAGCUAGCAAUUUAGGGUUGAAUCCAGAUCCCCAACAUUAUUUUUAUACACGACAAGGGAAAUCUACAAUCACACCAGCUGAUAAAUCUGAUUUUCAAGCUACCUUAAGUGCUUGUAAGACACUUGGAUUUUCAGCGACUGAUAUUAAAACAAUUUGGAAAAUUGUUGCUGCUAUUUUACAAUUAGGAAACGUAACAUUUUCAACCAAUGAUGAUGAUAGUAUUACUGUGACUAAUUUUCAUAAUAAUCCAGUUGAACAAGUAUCUAAGCUGUUAGAGGUUGAUACUAAAGAUCUUCUAACUGCUUUAAGUAAGCGUAUAAUUGCAGCCAAUGGAGAACUAUUGCAAAAAGCUCACACUUUAUCACAGGCUGAAGUUGGAAGAGAUGCAUUAGCAAAAGCAAUUUAUGAUCGGUUGUUCACUUGGAUAGUAAGCAAGGUCAAUGAAGCAUUAAUACCAUAUAUUGAAAAUGAUAAGUACAAAGGAGGAACUGUAAUUGGAGUAUUAGACAUUUAUGGAUUUGAAGUGUUUGAACAAAAUAGCUUUGAACAAUUUUGUAUUAAUUACUGCAAUGAAAAACUCCAACAAGUAUUCAUAGAUUUGGUACUGCGUCAAGAACAAGAAGAAUACAAAAAAGAGGGCAUAGCUUGGCAAGAAGUAAAAUAUUUUAACAACCAAGUAAUUUGUGAUCUUGUGGAAAAGCCACAUCAAGGCGUGAUUGCAAUUAUGGAUGAAGCUUGUCUGAAUGUAGGAAAAGUGAAUGACGAAAUGUUAUUAGAAGCCAUGGAUUCAAAACUUUCUAACCAUAAACACUAUUCUAGUAGGCAGGUGAAAACAUUAGACAAAGAUUUAAAACAUAAGACUCAAUUUAAAAUUUUACAUUAUGCUGGUGAUGUAGUGUAUAAUAUUUAUGGUUUUUUGGAAAAAAAUAAAGAUACAUUAUUUCAAGAUUUUAAAAGACUGCUUUACUCUUCAAAAAACCCAAUUAUUAGAGAUAUGUGGCCUGAAGGAGCCUUAGAUAUAAAAUCUACAACAAAAAGGCCAGUAACUGCUGGAAGUGCGUUUAAAACAUCAAUGAUUGCUUUGGUUAAAACAUUAAAUAGUAAAAUGCCAUAUUAUGUAAGAUGUAUAAAACCAAAUGAAAACAAAGCUCCUGUUGGAAUAGACUAUAAAAGAGUAGUUCAUCAAGUUUCUUAUUUGGGUCUAUUAGAAAAUGUCAGAGUAAGAAGAGCUGGAUUUGCUCAUAGACAGCCUUAUAAUAGGUUCCUUAAAAGAUAUAAAAUGAUAAGUGGUUUUACAUGGCCUAAUUAUAAAUGUAGUGACAAAGAAGCCACCAGAGCAUUAAUAGAUGAAAAUCAUUUUUCAAAUGAUGUUAAAUAUGGGAUAACAAAAUUAUUUAUUAGGUCGCCUCAAACAUUAUUUGCCUUGGAAAAGAUGAGAGCAGAGUUAAUUCCAGCUAUUGUUGUAUUAUUGCAAAAACAGUGGCGAGGUGCUAUUUGCCGAGCUAAAUUCCGCAAAAUGAAAGCUGCCUAUUUUAUAAUUAAGUUUUAUCGGCGUCAUAAAAUUCGUACUUACCUUAAAUCUGUGCUAGCAGCUCAUAGAACUUGUGAAAAUAAUGUGCACCAUAGGGAAUCAAUAAUUUGGCCACAUACAAAUUUUGCUGUUCGUCAAUUGGAACCUUCAUUAAGGUAUAUAUAUAAACGAUGGAAAGCAUACAAACUGUUGAGCCCCUAUCCUAGAAGUGAAUGGCCACAGUUGCGAUGCAAAGUAUAUGCUGCAUCUUUAUUAUGGGGAAAACGACCAAGUUGGGGUGCAAAACGUAUGUGGAGAGGUGAUUAUCUUUCAUCGCCUACAGAAAAUCCAGAAAAUGCUAAUUAUACAGUUGCAUUGAAUAACCUUAAGAACUCUGAUCGAUUUAAUCAGGUUUUGUUUUCGAGUUUUAUUUAUAAAAUGAACCGUUAUAAUAAAUGUGCGGAUCGUGCAAUAUUAAUAACUGAUUGGGCAGUUUACAAGUUAGACAUAAAAAACUUCAAACCAAUGAAAAAAGGAAUGCCUAUACAAGAAGUUACUGGAAUGAGUGUAAGUCCAGGACAAGAUCAAUUGGUUGUAAUUCAUUCUAACAGGGGUAAUGAUUUUGUAGUUACUUUAAAACCAACAGCUGACGUUAAUGAAGACAGAAUUGGUGAACUUUUAGGAGUUAUCAGCACCAGAUAUUUUCAAUUAAGAAAUUCUGAGUUACCAGUGAAUGUGUCCAAUAAAUUCAAUUGUAUGUUGGGAAAAAAAUCUCGAAUGCUUCGAGUUGAAGUCAAUCCACAAACAUCAACUGCAAGUUUUAGAAAAGAUGAUAAUGGUGGUAUUGUUUACAUCAUACCACCAAACGUUGCAGUUCACCCAUUUAUAAAGGCGUGAAUUCCAUCAAUAUUUUAUUUUGAAUUACUACUCCAUUUUAUGAAAAAAUAAUUGAGUACAAAGUUAAAAAUGAAAAAUAUUAUUUGUUUUUGGUAAUUAACUCAAGGGCAUUAUAGUUUUAAUAACCAUUGGGUACAUCUAAACUUUGAACACUUCACUUAUAAAUUUAUUUUAAGAGGUUAUUCUCAUGUUAUUUUAAAAAUAAACUAACAGGGUGAAUUUAAUUUAAUUAUUAUUUUAAAUUAUUGAUUAACAAUGUUGCCAUUGGAAGUUUGUGCCUUAUAUUAAUUGAUUAAACUGUGAUUUCUAACUAGUUCAUUUAUAUACUUCUUUAUUUUUUGUAAGUGUAAUUAUACUAUAAGUACUGUUUGAUUUUUAUAUUUUUAAUUUUCAUCACAUUAUUGUAUCUUAAUUAUUUAUUAAUUCCGAUUGUUUUUAGGAAACUAUUUAAUUAUGUAUUAUGUUUGUGUAUUUGUAUAAUUUUAUAUUUUAUUAUUUUAUUUAAUUAAUUCUUUAAAAAAAAAAAAAAAAAUAUUGUUAGUUAUAAGUAAUAACUAAGAAAAUAUAAUGUAUAUUUUAUUUAAUUGUAUGUAUUAAGAAGACCUAUACAUAAUAUAUUUUAUUUUGUAUUUACAAUAACAUUUUCAAUUUAGUUUUCAAGCAUAUUAUCCAGAAAUAAUACUAUCAAAGAAUUAUCUGAGAAUUUCUUUAAAAUAAUUAUAUUUAUAGGUAUAGUUAAAUUAAAGAAAUUUAAUAUAAAUAAUUUUUAUUUCAAUGUAAUAAAUAAACCUUGUUUUGUGUAACAUAUCUGUUAAAUUCUUGUAAUCUAUACUAUAUAGUUCCCAGUUUAAUGUAUUGUUGUUUGUACAAGUAAUUACUUAAUUACUAAUUUUACACUCAUUAUGUAUAAGUAUAACAAUUUAUUUUGAUUUAUGUUUUUUUCUUUAAGUAUUAUUAUUUUAUGUUAGUGUAAGAAUUAAAUUUGCUUAUUUUAUAUGAAAUAUGUUUUUUUAUUAGUAUUUUUAAUUUUUAAUCAACUUUAUUUAUUUGAUUGUUUAAUUAUUUAUAACAGUAGUUCUCAACCUGGAUGACAUGUCACCGGUGAACAGGUUACUAUACCAACCAGUUGCUAUAAACAAUCACCGUGUCAACUGGUAACAUUCUCGGUGUUGCACAAAUUAACAGAAUAACCCCCAACCAUAAGACAUAUACAUGUCCAAAGGUUGAGAAUUACUAGUUUAUAACAUAAUUUUAAAAUAAUGUUAUAUUUAAAUUGAACAUAUCUCAAAAAAAAUUAAAAGUUUUCUUUUUUUUUUCUACUAUAAAAUAUUUUAAAAUUGUGUAGCAUUAAGAUCCAUCUAUGUAUGUUUAUAUAUAUAUAUUACUAUGUUUUA